AUGAGAAAACCUUGUUGUGACAAAGAAAGCAUCAACAAAGGUGCUUGGUCCAAGCAAGAAGAUAAAAAACUCAUUGAUUACAUCCGAGUUCAUGGUGAAGGUUGUUGGCGUUCCAUUCCCAAGGCUGCUGGCUUGCUACGUUGUGGCAAAAGCUGUAGGCUAAGAUGGUUAAACUACUUACGACCAGACAUCAAACGCGGAAUCUUUGCUGAAGAUGAAGAAGACCUUAUCAUCAAACUCCAUGCCCUCCUUGGCAACAGGUGGUCACUCAUAGCUGGAAGAUUGCCUGGACGAACAGACAACGAGGUAAAGAACUAUUGGAAUUCUCACAUACGCAGAAAACUACUAAAGAUGGGAAUUGAUCCAAAUAACCAUAAGCUACACCUAAGCUUACCACGUUCUCAUGCUCUUGCUGUUUCUUCGGAUGCAUCAUUAUCUGAGUCCAUGAACAAAGAGAAUAAAGUCUCUUUCUACAUAUCCCGUGGUGCUGCCGCUGAUAGGAUUUCGUUCACAAAGUGUCUUGAAGAAGAAACAACAAUUAUUUCGUCACCCCCUUUGAAUCUUGACCUAACUAUUGCUUUACCUUCGCCUAUGAUUUGUGUUGUGGAAGACAAACCUGCACCGAUUUCUGAGUCCGUGAAGACAUGGGACAUGGAUAUAGACCUUAAUUGUUAA